AUGGCGGCCGUCAGUAAGUAUCUGACAGCCAAAAAUUCAUCAGUGGCAGGUGCUAUAGUAUUUGCUUUGUACCUGCUGAAGCAACGACGAUGUUUCUCAAAACUGAACGGGUACAGGUGGAAGAAAUCAUCAGAACCACGAUUGGACAGUCAUAAGAAUGGAAAGAAGGACAAGACCACGGUGGACAAGGUGUUUCUCAGCCGUGUUGGUCACAUCUUGAAAAUCAUGGUACCACAAAUAUUCUGCAAAGAGUCAGGAUACAUGCUUCUCAUUGCAGCUAUGCUUGUAGCUCGCACUUACUGUGAUGUGUGGAUGAUUCAUAAUGGAACCAUGAUUGAGAGUGCAAUUAUUGGACGCUCAACAAGAGCCUUCAAGCAGUACUUAUUCAGCUUUAUCACUAUCAUGCCGUUUAUAUCCCUGGUUAAUAACACUCUAAAGCUGGGCUUGAAUGAACUGAAGCUCUGCUUUCGUGUGAGACUCACUCAGCAUCUUUACAAUGACUACUUGAAGGGUUUUACUUUCUACAAAAUGGGUAACCUGGACAACCGCAUUGCCAACCCUGACCAGCUGCUGACCCAGGAUGUGGAGAAGUUCUGUAACAGUGUUGUGGACCUCUAUUCCAACCUCAGCAAGCCUCUCCUGGACAUUUUGAUUUACUUACUCAAGCUGUCUUCUAACAUGGGUGCUGGGGGUCCUGUUAGUCUGCUGACGUACCUGCUCUUCUCUGGUCUCCUGCUCACACACUUACGCAAGCCCAUCAGCAAGAUGACUGUCACGGAGCAGACAUAUGAAGGGGAAUACAGAUAUGUCAACGCUCGCCUCAUUACCAACAGUGAAGAGAUUGCUUUCUACAAUGGGAACAAGAGAGAGAAGCAGACCAUCCAGAAAACCUUCCAGAAACUGGUUGAUCAUUUGUACAACUUCAUUUUUUUCCGUUUUUCAAUGGGAGUGAUGGACAGCAUCAUUGCCAAAUAUAUUGCCAUGGUGGUUGGAUAUCUGGUAAUCAGCCGACCGUUCUUGGAUCACUCAAACAAGCGACACCUUAACAGCACACACUCAGAACUUCGCGAGGACUAUUACCAGACUGGACGUAUGUUGAUGAGCUUGGCCACGGCUCUGGGCAGAGUGGUCUUGGCAGGCAGAGAGUUGAGCAGGUUGUCUGGGUUCACAGCGCGGAUCACUGAGAUCCAGACGGUUCUGAAGGAGCUCAACGCUGGCAAAUACGAGCGCACCAUGGUGACGCAUCCGUCCAAAGAGACGAAGAUGACAGAAAAAAUUCCUCUGGUCCCUGGGAGUGGAGAAAUUGUCUUUGCAGAUAAUAUCAUCAAGUUUGAGCAUAUUCCAUUAGCCACACCCAAUGGAGACAUCCUUAUCAGAGACUUGACCUUUGAGGUGACAUCUGGAACUAAUGUACUUGUUUGUGGGCCCAACGGAUGUGGAAAGAGCUCACUCUUUCGUGUCCUGGGAGAGCUUUGGCCAGUCUUUGGGGGACAGCUUACCAAACCACACAGAGGGAAACUAUUCUAUGUGCCUCAGAGGCCGUACAUGACUCUGGGUUCUCUGAGAGACCAGGUGAUUUAUCCUGACACACACGAUGACCAGAAGAGGAAAGGAACCUCUGAUCGGAUACUGAAGGAAUACUUGGACAAUGUCCAACUGGGACACAUUCUGGACAGGGAGGGAAGCUGGGACAGCGUGCAGGACUGGAUGGAUGUUCUCAGCGGAGGAGAGAAACAAAGGAUGGCGAUGGCUCGCCUGUUCUAUCACAAGCCCCAGUUUGCAAUUCUGGACGAGUGCACGAGUGCUGUGAGCGUUGACGUGGAGGAUUACAUCUAUAGCCACUGCAGGAAGGUUGGCAUCACACUCUUCACGGUUUCUCACAGAAAGUCCUUAUGGAAACACCACCAGUUCUAUUUGCACAUGGAUGGCAGGGGAAACUUUGAGUUCAAGCCCAUAACCAAGGACACGGUGGAGUUUGGCUCUUAA